CAUGUGUCUAAUUUAUCAGCUUGUCGUUUGUCUGAGUCAAGUAUCCUGAUGUCUACAUCACUUCAAGGGCUUGCUCUGUCUGUGUCCCUUUUCCUUCCAUUAACCCCUGACUGCACUCCAUUCACCAGACGCUAUAUGACUUCAGAGUUUAGUGCUUCCCCGAGAAUAUAAUUAGAUUUAAGUUUUGAAUCAUCUGUAAAUAUUCAGAUGGCAUGGGACAGUGGCAGCACACCAGGCCGUUACUGGGGCCCAGGGAGUGUAGGAAACAGAGGAGUACUUGGCUCACCAGACAGUACUAGUCAAGCUUCUAUCAUAUUAGCUCGUCUCAAUGCACGAGCAAGGGCAAUAAAAGCUGGAAAAUCACCUUUAGCUAAUAAGCUCCAGAGUGAGGCACAAAGAGAGGGGACAAAUAAUGAAUCACUGGAGAAAGAUAAGGUGACUUCAUAUAAGUCAAUUAAAGAGCAUGUUUCCACUAAGAGCUUUAGAGAGGAAGAAGAUCAAGCUGAAUCUAGUGUCAAGCCAGACAUUACAAGUAAGAAUGAGGUGGUUUCUGCCUGUGAAGAAAUAUCUAGUGAGGAACACAGCAAAAGGAAAAAACAUAAAAGAAGUAAAGAAAAUAAAAAUAUAGGUGAAGAGGAUAAAAUAUUUGAAAAUGAUAUAAGUACGUUUGUUAAUGAUGAAAACCCUACUAACAACAUGGUGAGUGAGAGCCCAAAGAAGAAAAAAAAGUCCAGAAAAGUGAAAGAUGAUGAUAGUAAGGAAAUAGAACACACAAAUUACCAUGACACAAUUAAUGAUACUGAGCAGGGAGUGGAUGAGGAUUUGGUGAGAAAGAAAAAAAGGAAAAAGAGAGUCAAUGAGGUGGGUGAAAAUGGCCAGAUUGAGAAAGUAAAUUGUUUGAGCAGCGAACACACUCAAGAAGAUAUAAAAAAGAAAAAUGAAAUAUGUGAUGUCAUAAAUGAGGAAGAUCAGGUAGACAGGAGCAUUAGUGUACAGGAAGCACAAAAAAUGUUGGAAAAUGAAAGUAUUAGCAAAUCACCCAAAAAAAAGAAAAAGAGAAAGAACAAUGAAAGUGCAGAGGAAUUCACUUUAGGCAAAGAUAGCAAUACAAAUAAACUCGAGAUUGAAGACACGUGUGAACUUGUGAAUGAGGAAGAUCAGGUAGACAGAGGCAUUAGUGUACAGGAAGCUCAAAAAAUGUUGGAAAAUGAAAGUGAAUCACCCAAAAAAAAGAAAAAGAGAAGAAUUAAUGAAAGUGUUGAGGAAUUCACUUCAGACAAAGACAGCAGCACAAAAAAACUUGAGAUUGAAGAUAUGUGUGACCUUGUGAAUAAGAAAAAAAGAAAGAAGACUAAACAAGAGCCAGAAGAUAUUGAGAGUCACAUUGAAGGUGAAGUUAGUAAAUUGGGUGUGAAUAGUGAUGAGAGUAGAGAGGCUGUACAUUCAGAAAAUCGAAGGGAGAAUGAAGCACUGCAAGUGGAAAAAUCAACAGACUCAAAAAUUUUAAAAAGUGAAUUAGAUGUAUCAAAUUUCAGUGAAAAAUCUCCAGCUAGAAAAAUGAAAGAGAAAAAAAUGAAGAAAAAGCAAGUGAAAGCAGAAAAGCAAGGGAUAGGUAUGAAAUGCAGAAAAAUAAGGGGUUUCACCCUUUUGAAAAAGGCUGAAACUACUACAAAAAAAGAAUUGCAUCGAACACUACCACAGUGGUUGGCCCAGCCUACAGUUAUCAGUAGAGAUCUUCAUGCUGAUAGUACAUCCAUAACUUCUGUUCAAGGACUAAAUGAAUCACUUAAGAAAAUUCUAGAAGAGCAGAAAAUUGAAAAAUUCUUCCCUGUACAAAAUGCUGUUAUUCCUGAAAUUCUCGCCAGUGCUAGUUCUCUGUCCAUGAGAUAUAGGCCACGUGAUAUAUGCGUAUCAGCUCCUACAGGUAGUGGAAAGACUCUCGCUUAUGUUCUGCCAAUAAUCCAAGCACUCACUGGUAGAACAGUACCAAGAAUACAGGCUCUGGUUAUUUUACCUGUACAGGAGCUAGCUAUACAGAUUUACAAAGUCUUCCUGACGUAUAUAAAAGCGAGCAACCUAAAGGUUGGUUUAGCAGUUGGGCAAAAAACUUUUAAGAAGGAACAAGAAGCUUUGGUUUGUGAAGACUGUUGUGGCAAUCAUUCGCACAAUGACAUCUUGGUGGCCACACCGGGCAAGCUGGCUGAUCAUCUGAGGUUUACAAAAGGCAUUAAUCUUUCAUCAUUGAGGUAUCUUGUUUAUGAUGAGGCUGAUCAUUUGCUUUCAGCAGAGGGUGGAGAUUGGGUGAAACGCAUUGAGCAGUCUAUAAGAGAACAUGAAGCUUUGUCAGAGAACGUCCUCAUUAAUGGUUUUCAAGGGAGUGGCAUCAUUCAGUUUCCAAGAGUCCCACUCCACCGCCUUCUGUUUUCUGCGACUUUGUCUCAUGAUCCUGAGCUGCUCCAGAAUGUGCCACUAUACAGGCCAAAGUUAAUUACUGCUUGUUCAUCUGAAAGUGGUAAGAUACAGAGAUCAUCUGUUAGCACCAUGGUUGGUCAGUACACUAGGCCAGCAGAACUAAAGGAAGAAUAUGUAGUCAUGGAGGAAUCUGUGAAACCGUUAGUUCUUCAUUAUUUGUUAACUUCAAAAUCCUGGCGAAGAGUUCUCAUCUUCACGAAUUCAGUUGAAGCAACCCAUAAACUUGGUGUUCUUCUAGCAGCCUUAUCUGAGGACUUAAAAAUUGCUGAAUUCUCUUCAACUCAAAUGAAUAAGAGACAACAGAUUGUCUCUCAGUUUUCAUCUGGAAAAAUCGAUGUUCUUGUGUCUAGUGAUGCUAUGGCUCGAGGGUUGGAUAUCCCAGACAUAGAACACGUAGUAUCAUACGAAGUCCCAUCUCUCAGUACCUAUAUUCAUCGUAUAGGAAGGACAGCUCGUGCAGGCAAACCCGGAACUGCUCUCUCUCUUGUUACCAACGAUACGAUGCAUGACUUCAAGACUGUGUUGUCUAAUACUGGAAAUGUAGCAACUAGAUUGGUUAUUUCUACAGAGGAGUUAGAACCAUACGAGUUUCUUUAUGUAAAUGCUUUAGCUAAGAUGAAAGAAAUUUUUCUCCAUGAGAAAUUGGAGCAAAGAAAACAGUUGGAAGAAAGUAUUUCCAGGCCCCAAGGAAACAAAAGGCAGUUAAAAUUUAAAGGAAAAAAUCAAACAGAUAGAGGAGUAAAAAAUUUUACAAAGAGGCUGCAUAAUUUCAGAAAACCAAAUAGAGUAAGAUAAGAUGAGUGAGGUUAUAUAUAGUGGAAAGUUCCUGGACUUGAAUUUUCGCAUGCUUCCUGGGUGAAAUAUAGUAGUGAAGAUCACAUUGUGCAUUACACUUCUUUGUGAAGUAGUGAGGUGAGUUUCAGUGCAGUCAGUCAUUUUGUUUUGGUUGACAGGCAUUUUUUGUCAUAUUGUCAGUGCAUUGUUGCAUUUUUUUGUGUUACAGAAUAGAAUCUUUGAAAGAACAGUGUGUAUGUGUUUGUGCCCGGCUUGCUGAUUCAAGACCAGAAAGACCAUUUUUCUCUCCCAAAACAACAUGGUAGUCGUUCCCCACCCUCUCUACUCCCCAGAUCUAGCUUUGACAUUUUAACAUGGAAGAGUCAAACAAAAUUGUCUACCAUGCUAUAUGCCAUUAGGAAAGAAGUUUCAGAAAUGUUUUGAGAAACGGUAGAGGUGCUGGGAUAAGUGUAUAACCUCCCAAGGAAAGUACUUCAAGGAAGACAACCUCAACUAGGUGAUUAGGUUAGCCUAUAUGGAAGGGCCCUGCAUAUUCACCACCUUCAUUUUGGUGUUCCACUUUUUUGUUGACUGUCAACUGAGCCAAUGUUCAUUACGUUCAGUGCUUUUACUGCUUCUCUGCAUAACAGCUGCAUAAGGGAAGGGCGACUGGCGCCAUAUUUUAAGGUAUGUAUUGUAUGUGCUAUGUAUUUAUUUUACUUUUUAUAUUUUUU